UAAUAGUAAAUAAUAAACUGGCAACCCCGGCGUUUGCACUCGGUGCUUCCUGUUUUAUUUCAAAAACAAAACAAGCGCUAUCGUGACGUUGUCGUAUUGUUUGUGCAAAACAAAAUAAAAUAUAAAACAUGUCGCAUGUUGAUUUUUUGAGUGCGUAAAUUUUUGUGUAACCGGGACAUUUUCAUCAAAUAUUUCGUUUGAAAAAAUUCUAGUUGUUAGUAUUACACGUAAAAUAAUUUAAAUGGACGGGUCAGUUGCGGAUCACAGCGAUUCUGAUUCUGGCGAGAGUUGGACUCUGCUAGAGCCCUCGUCUCCGUAUGCUGAAGAAUCACCAGAAUUAUGUGACAAUUUUGCCAGCCAUGAAAGAGACACACCAGAACUUAAUGCUGAGAAAGAUGAAGACACAGAUGGAAUAUCCAUCAUCAGUGAUAGUGAACCUGAAUCAUCAUCCCCCUAUGAAAUAAGCUUAGAAAAAUAUCAUGAGGAGAGCCGUCCAACUGAACAACACACACCUCAUUAUAUUUCGGUCACUCCACUUCCAACCAAUAAUAUUGAACAACAUGAAUCUAUAAGGAAUGAGGAUGACUUUUUAACUGAUAAUAAUGGCAAGAACAAAACCUAUGUUCAUAGAAGGAACAAGCGACUAAGUACUGUCCUCAACAUCAUAAUGCUGGGAAGUGUCAUCACUGCUGCUGGUGUGGCUAUAGGGCACAUGUGGGGCGCCAGAAAUGAUUGCUCGAUGCAUACUACUCCUUCUGUGAAUAAAAUAUUAUCUAACUUAUAUAAACUCCAAGAAGAAAAUGCUUACUUACGCAGCAAGCUCAAAGAACUCUCACUAAUAAGUAACACACAGUUACACCGAAAAUCGGGCACUGAGAAAGUAACACAGAAGCCACAAAGAUGUAAGAAGGUUUAUGAAGAGCCAUUGAACAGCAAAAUAACUGAAAAAAUUACGAAAUGUCUGGAUAACAACGCCGAAAAUAUCUUGCAGAAUCAUUUCAUACAACAAGAAUAUGAAAAAGAAUUUCUAAAUGACAUAGAUAAAUUAAAAAACGUGUAUAAACAGAAUAAGAAUUGGCUUGAUGAAGAGAUAAAUAAAAGGAUGAAACAUGAAGAACAGUUGAUAAAAAAUAAAAGUGUAUUGCAAAGCACUCAAUUAAAGACUGUUCAAGAAGAACAGCCUGAAACACAAAAUGAUAACUCCAUGAUUCAAAAUGACAUUCAUAAUCCUGUUGUAGAAAAUAAACCAUUAGAAACAGAUGAUUCACAAUUUGUAAUUAUUACUAAUGUGGACAAGGAUGAAGAUAUGAACAAAAUAUCUGAGGAAAAAAAAAUUAGCUAUGCAGAUUCACUGAAAACAGAACAGCUAAAGCCCCAGUUCCAAAAAAUACAGAUCCCGGACAUAAAUAAAUUUCAUGCCAACAUAUUCAAAGAACGGAUGACCAGUAAAAAUAAUAGAAAAGGUGAUGGGUUUGAUGCCUUAGAAAUAUCAUUGAGUGAUUUCAAAUUUAUUAAAGAUGACAGAUAUAUUGGACCUAAGAAUAAGCAAGAGAGAAAGAAAUACGACCGCCAAAAAUUACAUAAAAAACAAAAAAGGAAAAAUAAAUAUGAGCAGUGGGAAAUGAAAGGUGGUUAUAUGAAAGAUUAUGACGAUAUAUCUACGGCUUCAUCACAAGAUAAUGAGCAUGCAAGAAAUACAAAUAUUGUUAAUAACUAUGAACCAGAUAUUGUCAUCAAUCAACUGCCUGAAAUUGACAAGACCACGGUUUUGGGAGGUAAUGAACACAAGGCUAAACGCGAUAAGUAUUUUAGAAAUGUUGAUAAGAAGAAUAAGGAAAAGGCCAGUAACAAAAACAAAGAAUUAAAUUGGUAUGAAAAACGAGCAGCAUUACGCUCCGAAGCAAGACAGAAACUUGAGCAAGAAAUGUUUGGUGAAAGCACUCCAAAUAAUGCCGGUUGGUACUUCCGCCGCAUGCAGAAGCGUGAACAGUGCCGCGCAAAGGGCGACAAUACCACGUAUAGAAAAUUUUCGAAACGUCACAUGAACUACAAAAUAAAACAUUAAUGGCAUUUUAGAGUUAUUCAUAAAUAACAAGAUCAUUCUAAGAGUAGGAUACAGUUCCACUGUUACUUGUGUAGGGAAAUAUUUUCAGAUAUUUAUAGAAUGAUGUUAAUGCACAUUUUACAUACCUACUUAAUGCAUAAGUGUUCUACAUGGUUGCUUAGAGCUUUCCCAGUGCUUGGGCAUUGUACAUUUCAAGACCACGUGAAAUAUUUUUUCAAUUUUCUAUUUUUACUACUUAUGUAAUUUUAGAUUCAAUUGUAUGUAACACUUUUCUACUUAUUUAAUAGUUUGUAAAGAAUUGGCACAUAGAGGCUGCGGCUAAAUUAUUAACUCGCCCUAGGAUGUUGACUGUCAUAAUCAAUAAUUAUAAUUGUUUCCCUUUUAAUGAAACAUGUAAAAUAGUCACUUGUCUCACCUAAAAAAAUAAUUAUUGAUGUCUCCAAUAUUACUCAGUAUUUAUUAUACAUUCUUGCCCUUACGGAUUACACAUCCCGUGAUAGACUAUUGCGAUAUUAUAAAAAUUAAUAAGUAUUAAUAAUAAAAUCCGAAAAUAAUUGUU